GUAUGAGUUUUUAGUCAAGGUUAUCAUCUACUUCUGCAGUUCAAAUAACCGUUCUCACCGGAUGGACGGAGCAGAUUUCACAUAAACAACAUGGUGGGCCCCACAGAGCUUUUGUGUAAAACAGGUGGUGGAGACAAUUCGGUCCGAACUUCGAAAGUGGCCAGUAACUGUCCACAUGAAAGCGCCUUUUGGUGCAGAAGUUUUAGUAGAUGGGGUGAGAAGAUGAUGCCAGUGUCAAGGCAACCAGUGAAGCCUGCCAUGGAAAUCUCGGCCUUCUCCUACCAGAAAUUCGUUCGCUUCACUUUGGAACAAACGCAAAGUCGCAUUGAUUUGAUUCCUCUGCCUUUGCAGGUUCUGGACUUUGCUGUGUUUCCUGAACCAGAAUUUGAUCUACCUAUAUUUUGCGCCAACUUUUUCACUGCUGCUAGCAUGAAUAUAAUCGUCUUGGACCUCAAUCCUUUGCAUGAUGUCACUGUCCAAAGGGAAUACAGGGAGAAGUACUACAAAAGCUUAAUGCCUCUUGGCCAGAAGUAUGUUGAGCUUUUACCAUGGGGAGACAAGAUCACAAGUGAGUCCUUGAGAUUUUUCUCACCAAUUGUUAUAUGGACCAAAUUUACUUCCAGCCAAUACAAGCAUGAUGUUUUGUAUUCUGCAUUCGUAGAUUACUUUAAGGCAUGGCUUGAGUUGAUGGACCAUGCAGUAGCAGAGACAAAUGCAUCUCAGAUUCUUCGUAACCAGGAGGCGCAACAUAAAUAUCUAACAUGGAGAGCAGAAAAGCAGGAUCCAGGUCAUCCAAUCCUGACACGGUUGAUUGGAGAUGCUCUUGCGAAGGAUUUAGUGAGGAACUUCCUCUUCAAUGGGGUUGCAACACUGGGUAGCAAGUCCUUUUUAGACUACUUCCCUGAAUAUCGAUGUGAGGAUGGGACAAUAAACAAGAGGCGCAGCAUGAUCGGAAAGUCUUUUGAAACUCGCCCCUGGGAUGCAAGUGGAGAAUACAUCGGAAACGAACUUUAGGUGACUGAUUCUAUCCUAUACCCAAGUAGUAUCUAUAUGAGGCAACAUAAGUGCUCGGUCUGACUGAACAGUGUUAUUGUGCGGGCCAGCCUUCUGUGCAGAUGAGACCCAUCUUUCUAUCAUCCAGACUGUUGAUCUGAUGGGCCCUGCCAUGAAGGCAAUGCUAUGGAAAAGUUGUGUUGUUGGCCUGCAAAUGGAUGGUUUGGAAAAAUAAAAUAAAAUGCAACCAAUGGUCUACAUGCAACCAAGAAAACAUCCACCACCAAUUGACUUUGGAUUGUUUGGAAGAGAUUUUAGUCAGUUGCCCAUUGAUGGUGGGGCCCACCAGAUGAAUGAUGAACACUGGAAUGUGGGUUGUCUGGAAGAAAUUCUGACCUAAACAAAUGCACCAUCAGUUUGGGUUGAGCAUUGAAUAUUACCUCCCGGACCAAAUCCUUGCUCUCUCUGUUUUUUUUUUUUUUGAUGAAUUAUGUGUUAGCUUCCUUUCUGACCCAAAUGUAUUUAGAACAGCUUUGGUUGGUUAUCUUUUAAAUCUUUUCAUGCUGUUAGAGAACCAUGUCGCUGGCUGUCACCCAUUAAGUUUAGAAAAGAAAAAGGAUUUAUUAGUUAAUUAUUUAUUAUGAUAUGAUGAUUUGGCUAUU